GGAUCAUUACAUGAUAUUACAUACUGGGAUUAUGACAGAAUGACGAUAACCCAGAGGUAAGUCACAGAUGAGAAUCUAUACUGUUCCGCCCAAGAGAAGAAAAGCUCUGACAGAGACUGAAAGAGUCCUCAAAAGAGGAACAGGUCGGCUCUUUUGAAUUCAGCAGUUGGAUGUAAAUACUGGGUUUAUGAAUGUCCAGUAUUCAACGACUCAAGAAAUACAUAUACUAUGUGUCACUUUUCUAAAGAUUCAAAUAUGUAUCAUAGGACUGAAGAAAUAUAUAUAUAAAGACACGAGACAUAUAUGGACUCAAGAAGAUAUUCUGACUACACAAGACAUAUAUGGACUCAAGAAGAUAUUCUGACUACAGAGACAUAUAUGGACUCAAGAAGAUAUUCUGACUACACAAGAAAUAUAUGGACUCAAGAAGAUAUUCUGACUACACAAGAAAUAUAUGGACUCAAGAAGAUAUUCUGACUACACGAGACAUAUAUGGACUCAAGAAGAUAUUCUGACUACACAAGAAAUAUAUGGACUCAAGAAGAUAUUCUGACUACACAAGAAAUAUAUGGACUCAAGAAGAUAUUCUGACUACACAAGAAAUAUAUGGACUCAAGAAGAUAUUCUGACUACACUAGAAAUAUAUGGACUCAAGAAGAUAUUCUGACUACAGUGUGUCCGUUUGAUGUGUCUGAACAGGGGAUCAGUCCGAGCUUCUCUACACACACGUGAUCCAGAGAGCAUUUCAGCCACGAGGGACGGCUGCGUUCUGACCUGUUUUCUUUGUGACAUACCGUGAGUCGCCGACACAUAAAUAGAGGCCCAGAAAAUACCCAGAGUCCCUAGCGUCCCGGCAGAAACAGCAGAGCGGGAAGCAACCACGCACACUCACGCACAAACACACCUGGUUCAUGAGUCGAUACAUUCAAGACUUGCUUUGUGUCGUGACGUUUUCCACUUCAUCCUACUCCAGUAUAGGACAGACACCCCCUUAACCCACAAACUCUCACCUCUGACCUCUAACCCUUGACCUCUGACCCCUGAUCUCUGAACCCUGACUCCUGACUAUGAGCCCUCAGGGGGGUCAGUACCUCAACAAGGCAGCGGUCUUCUCCUCGCUUGGCGCCGCCCGCCUCUCCCAGCUGGCCCUGGGCUGCUCAGUGGUUGCCAUGGUGAGCCACAGUGCGGGCUACAGCGGCGGGUCGUACGGCGUGUUCUGCAUGGCGGUGUGGUGCGCGUGCUUCGGCAUGACGACGGUGGUGUUCUUCCUGGACGCCACCCGUCUCCACGCCUGUCUGCCCGUCUCCUGGGAUAACCUGACGGUAGCAUUCGCCGCCCUGGCGACCCUCAUGUAUGUGACAGCCUCGGUGGUUUACCCAGUCUACUUUGUCAGAGCAGAGUGUCCCUACGGAGGCUGUGAGGUCCGGAACUUCCGCAUCGCCGUCACUGUCUGCUCCAUCGCCGGCUCCCUGGCCUACGGCGCCGAGGUGAUCCUCUCGCGGGCCAAACCAGGCCGGGUCGUGGGCUACAUGGCAACCGUCUCCGGCCUCCUCAAGGUCGUCCAGGGCUUCGUGGCGUGCAUUAUCUUCGGAGCGCUGGCGAACGGGACCGAGUAUUCUCGUCACGUAGCGACGAUUUACUGCGUGGUCGUCUACGCCGUCUGCUUCGCCAUGACGACCGUCGUGGUUAUAUUGACCGUGUCCGGUCGCACCGGGUGUCUGAAGUUACCGUUCGACCGGUUUGUUGUGGUUUACACGCUCUUGGCGGUUCUUCUCUACCUCAGCGCCUCCGUCGUCUGGCCCGUGUUCUGCUUCGACAGGAAGUACGGAUCGCCAGAGCGCCCGUCGUCAUGCCCGCGGGGCCGGUGUCCGUGGGAUAGUAAGGUGGUCGUUGCAGUGUUUAGCUUCGUCAACCUGGCGCUGUACGUCGCCGACCUGGUGUACUCACAACGGAUACGUUUCGUAACCCAGCAACCACGGGUGUAGAGCAGAAUGGGACGGAACAGAACAGAAUGGGAUACAACGUUAUUGUACAGCCAGAAGUGAACAUUCACACAAAGACAAUAUGCCUCAACCACUGGUGAGGUGUAGAAUAGGAGGAGGAGUAACUACUGAGUCAGAGAGAAAGGGGCGUCGACUAUUCAUCAAUCAAUCAAAUGUAUUUAUAAAGCCAUUUCUACAUCAGCUGAUGUCACAACGUGUUUAUACAGAAACUCAGCCUAAAACCCCAAACAGCAAGAUGCAGAUGUAGAAGCACGGUGGCUAGG